UCACCGAGCCCCAUGCCGCGAAAGGCAGUUGUUCCGCUCUCCCCACCCUUCUGCUCGAAAGUAAACACAAUUGUGCUUACCUUAUCCGCCCCCCCACCCACUCGACGCCACGCGCCUUCCAAUACGUGUUGUGUUGAUAGCCAAUAUCCACUUAUCAGUUUGCCUUUUCCCUGUAACAACUGAAAUACUACGAGAGCAAAUAGCUGGUGAUGGUUGUAUGCAUGUAAUGGAUAUCGUAACGUCAGAAGGAAGAAGGUCACAGGAAAGAAUGAUUUUGGAAGGCCUUUUGAGAAAUGGAGAAAUUACAGUAAAGGAAGAAGUUCUGAUUACCACAUCCCUGGUUCCAGUUUUACCUACACACAUCAUAAAUGUGAAGGAAGAACGGGGAACAAGAACACCUCCACCUCCUAUCACCAAAACAGAAGUAAUAGAUCUUGUAGAUGAAGAAGAAGAUAAUGGUGGUGAUGAUGCUCGCAGUCAUGAUGGAAUGGAUAUAACAUCACAGCCACCAGUAGUAGCUGACUUCUUGACUAUUGAUCGUAAUGCAGCACCACAACAUUCCACCGUGAAGCAACUAGAUGCUCCACACUCAGUUAUGUGUAACCCAAGUGUACCCUCUCCCUUGAGACUCUUAGAAACAAACAACGAAGACAGUCUUGCUCAUGAACUAAAAUGUUCUGAGCCUAUUCGGAUAGAUCCUCCCUCAAAAUCAAAUCAGACAAGCAAUGACUCCAACACUGCACAAGAACCCCAAUGCUUGGGUCCAUUUGAAGAAUCAUCAUGUGUCAAGUGUCCUAAGUGCUCAAUGGUAUUGACAGGAUAUUUUCAAAUUCUCAGUCAUCGUUGUGUUUGCAUAUACCUUUGCAGUGAGACAGUGAAAAAAAAAAUUAAAUGCUUCUUUUGUGUGAAGGAGUAUAGUACUGUGAGAUCUUUGAAAAAGCAUAUUAAAACAUAUGUUCAAAAGACAUACGUAAAGUGUAGCAUUUGUGGUCUGCGCCUUACCAGUGAAUCUUCUUUCAGAACACAUGCACUGACACAUACAAAUCAGUGGCCAUAUCGCUGUGACAUCUGUGGUCAGGGUUCUGUAUCAGAGUAUCAGUUGGAGAAUCAUAAAGCCACUCACGCAAAGGAGAAGUCUUGGAUGUGUGAUGUCUGUGGAGCCAUGUUUCACAAUCAUGCAAGACUAAGGAGUCACAAAAUGGUUCACUCGGAAAGGAAACAUGAAUGUGACUUGUGUUACGCAAAGUUCAGAGAACGUUAUCAACUCAAUGAACAUAAGAGGAAGGUACACUCUGCAGUGAAAAUUAAGUUUCAGUGUGAACACUGCAGUUCAGCUUUUACAUCUAAACACCAAUUGAAGUACCAUAUAGAAAUGAAACAUGAUGAUAAUUUUGGUGGAGAAAGCUUCAUUUGCUCUGUGUGUAACAAAGAAUUCAAACAUAGAUUUGCUUUCAAUAGGCACAUGUAUAAGCAUAAAUAUCAGAAUGAAAAUGUGAUUUACACAUGUGAUAUGUGUAAGCGGAAUUUUGCACAAAAAUCCUCUCUCACUAGGCACAUUUUAGAACACAAUGGGAAACAAUUCAGUUGUACUCACUGUGGAAUGUUAUUUACACAGCGAAGUAGUGUAAAAAGGCAUAUGUUAAAAUCGCAUUUCAGUGACAGAUGACACUUAUGUUUAUGUGGGAGAGACAAAAGGAAAACAGGAUUUUGUGACCUCUGUGACUGAUAGGAAAAUCUUGUGAACUGUUGGACUCUUCAUAUUGCUCUCCAAAUUAUUAUAUACUUGAUGUUUUGAUCUCUCAUGUGAGAUCUUCUUCAGGGUUGACAGACAAUUGGACAUGUCAAAAGAAAGUGUAUGUUCACACACAAAAGACUGUUUCUUCCCACUUUUUCAGAGUAGUGCAGUUUUUGGAUAAAAAAGUUUUGAAACUGCUAAUGGUAAAUUCUGAUAACUGAUAAGGAAAUAGGAAGGAGGAUACAUUAUUAUAAUAUAAUUGUUUUCUUGCCACUGAGGUGGCUUCCUGAUAACAUUUACUUGCUCAAUGGUGGGUAGGCAUGAAGUCAAAAUUUCUUAAUGCAUGAUUUUAAAAAUCCUUUACAAAAAUGGUGGGUCGCAUCUGAACUUGCAGUAUUCAGGUUCUGGAAACAGUUGUUGUGAUCUGACAAACAAGGUCAUAGGGAAAGAUUAAGAAUUGUGUUAUACCAUAGAUUAGAAAGUGUAAAUUUCUGAUGCCCCAAAUAUCUGUUUUUCCCAGAAUAUAUGGUCUCCCAUAGGUAGACAAAGAGGGAUGUUCAGUGACAUGUCUUGUGAACAGGGUUAACUUUCCAGUGUACUUUUUAGUUUGUCGUUUAUCACAGAAACUGAAACAUCUGGUUGGGAAAAUGAACACUUUCUUGAGGGAUUCUGAACAUUCAUUAUAAAUGUUGUGAAGGAUUUCAAAAAUUUGUUGUAAGUAGUACACACAGUGAAGAUAUCCAGAACUGACAUCCUGAUUAGUUUCAAUGUGACUUUUUUUAAAGACAUCCCAGUAAUAGAUGCUAUGUAGUUUUUUGGCAGCAAAAUUGCUAUAAAUAUAUGUGAACUGGUCAAAAUCUGCACAUGGUUAAGUUGUUUUGAAUCUAAACAAUAAAUUUUUGAGCAUCCUGAUGAUGAUGCUGUGUGGUCACUUUUGUUGUCAGUAGGAGCUGACAUUUUUUGGGAGCAUUCCCAGGAACAGGCAUUAACUAAUGCAAAACUAAAACCGGUUCCACAAUGUCAGUGUUUCCGAGCUUGGGGUAAUCACACCUUGAGAGAUAAAAUAGAAUUUUAGGGAUAAAAACAGAAAGAGUUCAGUAUUCACUACCUCAUUAGACUCGUAAGUUUUAGAUAAGCACUAAUUCUAAAAUUUUUAAAUUUGAAUGUUAACACAUGAUAGACAUGGCAGAGGUUACAGCAGAUGUAUUUAUGACACUAUUUGAAAUUUACGCACUGCAGUGAUGACAGUUAGCUGCAGCUCACCACUUUCUUAGAGCAGCAUAUCCAUUACUGGCUCCACGUAGGUACCAGCUUGCUCAUCGUUCUUUUUAUGUUAGUCAGUCAUUUUCUUGCCUAAUGCUAGUAAAUCAUCAGACACGUGAAGUGAAUGCACAAUCAUUGCCUCCGAUUUUACUACAUUGUUAGCAUAUUUCAUAUUGUUAGAUGAGAAACAAAGGAAGGUGAGUGGAAGUUUUCCUAUUCCAGAGGCAACUAGUAGCUGAGAAAUUGUUAAUUUACAGCAUUGCAUUGGUAGGUGUUUGUACUCAUGGAACACCUUCCAUGUUGUGCGUUUGCUCUGGAUUGCACACAUUGGUGAAAAGAGUUGCUCCAAAUGCAACAUUCAGCCAGAAUCAACAAGACUGGGAUUUAAGACUGUUUUCCAUUAACAAAGGAAUAUUUUCAGAAAGUAAAGUUCAAGCCAAAGCAGAAUUUUUUGGAUUUAGUGAAGACAACACACUGAAAAUAGAUUUAUCUUAAACAGAACUAGCAACAUUUUGGUGAAAGAUUAGUCACCAGUAUUCUUUAUUAUAAGCAAAAGCCUGAUUCCAUUUGCCACAACUUACAGACUUGAAAGCAGAUUUGCAAAUGGGGUGGCAAUGAAAACAAAAGUGAGGAACCAAUUGAAUUUGGAAGAUGAUUUACAAUGUGCAUUGGCCGACACCAAACUGAAUCUGAAGAAGGUUAUCAAAAAUAAACAUUGGCAAAACUGUUACUGACAUUCAUUAUUUCUUGGCUUAAUAUAACACCUAGAAAAAUAUUUCAUUUGUUGAACUUUAAUGAAAUAUGCAUUUCCAUGUAGUUUUAAAAAUAGGGAUGUUCAAAAAAUCUAAACUUCCCUGAGGUACUGAACUCAUGAUGUUACUGAUCUCUGUAUAAUCUCGUUCAAGGGUAAAGGUCCAACAAAAAUUUUGAACCAGUGCAGUAUGUGAUGACAUAUUUGUUGUAUGAUCAUGCAAAGAAGAGCUAUAUAAAUUACACAGUUUCCUAAAUAACAUUCCCCUUGGAGAUAGUGAGGUUGACCUCCUGUUCCGAGAUGUGUUGAUCUAUAGAAAACUGAUCAAAGCAAGAUUUCUUCAGGAAACAACUGUUGGUUAAUGGAUAUAAUGAUUUUUACAUUAACAGGGCCUUGAGACGAAGUCAUAAUAAUAAUGCAAACAAGUUGAAUGAGGAACCUUCCUCAAAUUCUGUUACCAUUUAUUACUAGAGUAAUUAACUAUGUAGGAAAAAUCAUUCUUUUUUUCUAUCUAGAAUGGAUGUGAUUAAGAUUGAUUGACUCUACACUGCAGAAAUUGAAGUGAUAUUUGGUUGUGACAAAGAAUAUACUGGCAAGACUGGGAACACAAUAAAGUAAUAUGUUAAAGAGCAUGAAUGCCACACACAUUUACGACAAAGGGUAUAAUCUGCAGUACUUGAGCACCAAGGUGAACAUGACAAAGUUAUAGCUUUUAACAACAUGAGAGUUCUAUGUAAAAAAAGUAAUACUUGUAAAAGGAAACUGUGUGUGGCAGUUGAAACGUAGAAGAAUGAGCUAAUUACUGAUAGAGAUGAUGAUGGCUACAGGAUUGUGGACUUCAUGGCUACCUGCCACAAAAGGAAGUAAAAAUGUAGCCAUAGCAUGUGAGGAACAUAAAUGUCUAUCAGGAAACACACUCAGUAAUUUGAUAAAGUUCCCACACUUCUUGUAGGAUAUACCCAAUGACAUUGGUCCACCAAUAUCAGUGUAAGAUUUUUCACAAAUACUCCAUUUCUCUGAAAAAAAACUUGGGAAAACAGCAUUUUUAUAAGAAAAUACGCCAUUGUUUUUCAACAGUGGUGAGCCACCAGAGGACACCUAAAAUUUGUGAAUGAACUGUCCUGUAAAAGAUCGUUGUCGAGGGAUUGAAGCAGCAAGUAUUUUAGUUAGGAGGAAUUUAAUGCAGCCUAAAAGCUUGAAAACUUUUAUCUGUAAAUGGAAAGCAACAAUGGACAAAAUGCAUAUGUGAAUUUCUGUGUAGCUAUUUUAUAAGAAAUUAUUGACCAUUAUAUUGUAAGUUAUCUGUAGUUCUUUCUCAUUUUUUUUUUCCACUGGAAUUUUAAACCAACAGAAGACAACUACCUUGUGAUUUUCUUUCUUGCUCACAGGUGUCAUAAAAUGUAAUAAUGUUUCAGUCAUAAAGAUAGUUUGAACAAUGAAAA